AUGCUUGAUGAGGGAGAGAAGGGAGAGAAGGGACAUCGUAAGCGUCCGGAUGAGACAAGCGACGAUGAUGACCCUCCGCUGGUCUUCAGGAACCCCAUGUAUAACAGUUAUCGGCGGAUAUCUGGUGAUCAUGAUGCCCACGUCCCACUGUCUCAUAUAUCGGGCAUUAAACAUCCGAUGAAAAAACCUACCUAUAUAGAUACACGCAUCUAUUCUGAUAUAUAUUAUUUUCGGAAUCUUGUGAUCAACGCAAACCCAACAGUCAGGUUCGACCAGCUGGAUUUAAAAUCCAGACAGACCACUCGAAGGCAGUGA